AGUUGGCUCAUUGGGGGUCUUAGCCUCUGACAGCGGACAGCGGCUGCGCCGCUGCGCCUUUUGAUGGGGUCUGGCAGCAGCGUGAAGCGCACACCAGUCCAGGAGAUUGCGCUCCAGACCGUGGUGCCCCAACCACGACGGUCGACCGCCGACGCUGUGGCGCCGCAGCGGCCCCCCUCGCCGCGACCGCACUCGCCGCGACCGCACGUGCUUUUGGCACCACCGGAGUUUGCCGCGGGCACGAGCAGCGAAGCCUUGGGCGAGGAGGAGAUGGUGCUGUCCCUCUCUCAAGGAAGCAGUCGGAGUGAGCACAGCAAGGCGCGGCACCGUGCGUCGAGGGGCCUUCGUUGGAUCGCCCUGGACGCCAAGAACUUGGCGCACGAGCUCACCGAGCGCACGGACCCGGAGAGCCUGGAACAUCCCUUCGUGGCCUAUAGCGAGACAUGAUGAGACGUCGUGUGAGGUGUGCUUCCAGGUGCGCUUCCAGGUGUGCCCAGUUUCAACUCGCUGCCGCUGGUUUGUACUUUCCCUCGCCCGCCGUGGCGAGGGCUUUAGAUCGGCCCUCCUUUGGCUCCAACACCCCGACGCGGUGGGUGGAGAACCGGAGUGAGUGGCACUCCGGGUGACGGCCGACGAGUUAGCACGAGAAGCGCGAGCGAAGCACACGUGGCCGGCGCGAUUCAGAAGCGAAGAAGAGAUCGGAGGUGUGAAACUGCUUGGGC